AUGCUCAGCUCACGCCGUGCUGCACAACACCUCUGCGGUGGCUGCGCGCUCGCACAGAGAUGCUUGCCAGCCGCUGCGUUGCACCCAUCAUGUCCACUGCGCCUCUACGCCAAGACCCUGGCUGGUAUGACGCCGCAGAAUGCUGCGUCGCUUCAUGGCAGAGACGGUGCCGGGGACGACUUUGGUGCUGGCGACGCUGCUCGUGAGCGUCAUCGCGCUGUAGGUGGCGACUGGGAUGCGGAUACACACGGCAACAACGCGCACGGUGCCCUUGUCGAAGGGGGAAAGUCGACGUACCCGGUGUCUGUUGUGCAUGAGCACACCGUGGCGAACCAGGCUACCGCCGCCCUGAAGUUGUUGUUAGGGCACCCUCGGCUGUCGUCGUCCGCCGUUGCGGCGGGUGCUGACGGUGAGGACCGGUUGCCCGAUGCGGAGGCGUCGGCAGCUCAUGGGCGCAUUCGUGAUGCGGACACGGUGGGGCGUGACGCAGCCGGGUCAGCUGGCGGCGAUGCCGUAGAAGGAGAUGGCGUGUCGAACGGUGAGGAGGAGCUGCUGGAGUGCGCUGAGGCCUUUGCGGAUGAGGUGGGGACGAUGGGAGUGGAGAGGGCUGCCACUGGAACCGCUGCGAAGGCGGCACCACCACUCCAAGGGACUGCGUCUGAGAGGGAGAAGAGCGCAGACAGACAGCAAGGCACAACCCCUGCUGCUACGCUAUACAGUGUAGCAGAGCCGUUAAACCUGCAUGGGGCACGGUACUGGGGCAGCAUCGCGUCGGCCACGCGGAGCGCAGCGGAGGCACGCCGCUUUGUCUCGCCAUUCUGGUCGUCGCGGAACGCCUUCAAGAAUGCCGGCGCGACCGUAACGGUGGGGGAGGAGGAGGGGGUCCUGGUACCCACCUCCACAUCUGAGGUGGUGCGUUUAUUCAACCUGGAGCAGACGACCUUGGCCGCGAAGUACCGCGCCGCUACUGUGACCGAGGUCAUGGCGCAUCUGCGUCAGGCGAGAGAUCCCCAUGGUGCUUCGUCGUUCCGGAGUGGCUUCGAUGUCAAAGCGGGUCUGCUCGACCUCGCCGGCGGUCAUUUUCCCUUUGCGCUCGCCGCGGCAAUUGCCGCCUCGCCGCACUUCCCCCGCCUACGAGCGCAAAGCCCAUACUGGCUUUCCGAGCGUGAUGUGCGAGUGCUUGGUGCAACAGUGAGGCCCGAAGAGGUGGGGUACUGCGCGCUGGUGCAACGCUCCUCGUCUGAGCCUUCGUGGCAGAAGACAGCGGCAAGGGCUGCAGACGCAGAGCUCUCGUACGACGGGCGCGCUGGCGCGGCUGUCACCUCGGUGCCGGAUGGGGAGGCCUCCACUGACACUGCACGCAGUGUCAUGCGGUACUAUAACGUCGCCCAGCUUUGCGACCGUGAGAGGUUUGCGCGGUUGAACCCGAUCAGGGGCAGGCUAGUGCGCUGCAUGAACUGCCGUGGCAACCGCUACAACUCCUGCACCACCUGGCUUAUGUGGGAGUACUGCACUCGCUACCACUUCCCAUUGACGGACACGCGGGGAAUCAUCUUUCUCACGAUGGAGAAGCUAUUCCAACUCGGUGGGUGCGUUGUGCAGACCAAGCGCUACCCCAUCUCGCACACGCACGCAGGCAGAGGGGAUGGUACCGCCGCGGCGAGUGUGAGCACGACACCGCCAUCCUCCUCUGCCGCCGUCCUUGAUUUUGAGAAGCUCAGAGCGAUCCGCCACGGGGAGCUGGAGUUGGUGCCGGCGUGUGACGGCGAGGACACUGACACAUAUGGUGGACACAGCGCCCGAGGCGGUACCGAUGGUACGAGCUCCACAGCGGCCGACGCUGGAGCUGUCCCGCCGCUGUUCACGAUGGUGAUAAACGACGAGGUGGUGACUCUGUGCAAUGCCAUGCAGACCGACAUCCCCGAUGUUAUUCUUGCUCAUGUCGCCGCGUUGCGUAAGUCCCGGGACUGGAAGCGGUGGACGCCACCCUAG